GCGCGCACACGGACGGAAUUGCAGACGUACGCGCUUCAGCUUGUUGCUUUUCGGCGAUGCCUGUGCAUGGUUCGUGGACAGCUCAGUACCUGGAUAAUGCAACUUUGAUAACGGAAAAUUUACCUUGAGUGAGCUCAUAGUUGUGGUGACAACAGGGAAGCCCGUGUCUGAAGCCAUGAGCCUGCUCAUCCGCCAGUUGCAGGUGUCCCUCACACAACAAUCAAUUUUGACCAAUCAAGCAUCAGCUUUAUUACAAAGGGUCACAUCAUCUUUGCCUGCCCCUCUUUGCAGACUUGCUCCUACGAAUGAGAGGCACUACAGAACGAUGCCAACACAUGGCAUUGGCAGGUGGAAAUAUCUGUUGCCCAAAGAAGUGCCCAGGAAGAAGCGGGAUAAGCUUCAGAUGAAGCCUAUCCGGGGAUCCACCGCCACGGAGUACGGCUCUCUGAGCGUCAAGGUGUCGGGCUACGACAUGACGGUGGUGGAGCACUACUCCCAGUACAUCCACAACCUCUGCAACCGGCUCGGCGUCAGGGUGGCGGAAAGCUACGCUUUACCAACAAAGAGCACAGAGGUCAUGCUGAUGCAGGAGCAAGGUACCAAGAUGUACAUCGACGCCCUCCUCAAGACGCACGAGAGGAUCGUCCAGAUCAGCAGCAUGACCGCCACCUUAUGCCCCACCUUCAUGGACGUUGUUCUCCAGAACCAACCGGAAGGCGUUCAGCUUUCAGUCAAGGAGCACGUGGAGAGGGACUUCCUGGAGCGCUUCAAGGCGCGACCCCAGCUGGAGGGUCUCAUGGCGCAGGUGAACCAGCGGGACUGACCGUCCUGAGGAACAUCCUCCGUCGCCCCGGCAACACCCGAAACACGACACACCCCGCCUCAGCAAAAUGAACUCCCACUAUUCCCCUCGUUCCUCUUCCCUCCUGCACCCCAUGUUGUUGUUGUUGUGCACCGUUGAGUCCAAUGAUUGCGAUGUAUUGAUGGUGAGUAGUUGUGAUUGUUGAAUAAAUGGUACUGACUCCCGAAA